AUGAGCCCUGUUACUUCGAGCUGGCUGCUGGCGGGUGCGAUCCUGGUCCUGGUGCUGGGGGACCCCACAGACACCUGCAGCUGCGCCCCCCAGCACCCCCAGAUGGCGUUCUGCCAGGCCGACGUCAUGAUUCGGGGCAAGUUCAUGGGGGUCACUCCGCUGAGCCCCACCAGCAGCAGCACCCAGGAGUUCGAGUCAUGGAUUCGCUACGAGAUCAACAUCACCAAGACCUACAAGGGGCUCGAGUCACGGGGGGACGUGCUCUUCAUAGACUCCUGGGACCAGGAGCACUUCUGUGGGUACCAGCACCCGGCGCCCCUGAAUGGGGAGGAGGAGUAUCUCCCCCCAGCCGAGCGGCAGGACAAGCGCCUGAUUAUCUCGUUUUGUUCCUUUGUGCGCCCCUGGGGGCACCUCCCCCCAAGCCAGCGCCGUGGGGUCAGUCAGGCCUACGGAGGGGGCUGUGCCUGUGACGUGGUGCCGUGUCACUCCCCGCCGUGCGAGCUGUCGGGCGAUGCCCAGUGCCUCUGGACCGAUGGGCUGCAGGACUGGCGCUGGCAGGGGCCCCAGGACCAGACCCAGGCCUGCCUGCCCUGCCCCAGCCAGGGGGGCCCCCCCAGCGCCGGCCCUUUCUGCGCCUGGGAGCCCCUUGAGGACAGCUUUGACGAGGCCACAGCCAACUCCCCCGGGCAGUGA